AUGCGAGCCGAUGGCGACGCCCGCCUCGAGGCCGAGGCCUCGAAGCUGGCGCUGCAGCGCGUGCAGCAGCUGCUCGUACAGGCCGCACAGCGUGUAUGCCCCGCGCACGCUUUCGUCUUCGAGCUGCCCAAGGAUGCAGUCCGUCGGAGCGCGGCGGCGAGCGCCGGCGGCGACUUGCAGUGCCGCGCUGUGAGCACGAUCUGGCGGAAGCUGGUGGCGGGUGCGCGCGGCGCCGCCGUGGUGCGGGUCGAGACCGUUUCCGAGUUUGGCCUCAAGCGGGAGACGGACUACACGAGCGCGGCAGAUCUGGCGCGGGCAGUGCUUGCGCAGCUGCCCGAGGGCAGCCGCGAGGUGGUGGCCGAUGCGAGGGUGCUCGAGGAGGACGGGAGCCUGCAGCUGAGCACGCAGCUGCAUAUGCGUCGGAUGCGCGCGGCGGGUAUGCUGCACUGCGCGGCGCACCGGGCGCCGUACGAGGAGGCGACGGAGGCGGUGCACGCCGCCCGUGGCGCGCUGGUCUGCCGCUGGCUCGUCGCACAGGGCUGCGACGCCGACGCGCCGACGCGCGACGGCACGACACCGCUCCAUUGGGCGGCGGCGAUCAAAGGGCGGCGCGCCGUCUGCGAGUGGCUCCUCUCCCCGGAGGGGGGAGGGCUGGGCGAGCAGCACUUGCGCGCCGACGGCGACGGAAACACGCCCGCGCGCAUGGCGCGCGCCGAGGGGUUCGAGGAGCUUGCCGACUACCUGGAGGAGCGGCAGCGGGAGCUCGCGACGCCGCCGGCAGCGAUGGAGAAGCGUGGGGAGGGGUAG